UUUGCUUAUUAAACGUCUGUAAGGGUACAUGUACAACGCGUGUAUUAAAUUGAAGCUGAAGUUAAUGAACUUCUUUCCACUUAAUAAAGUCGAUUGAGUUGUUGGGUACAAUGUAGUAACGGUAGUGCAAACUGCCAUUUCUGUCAAUUCAAUCUUGAUAGAUCAUUUCACACGCUCGAUUAUAAGGUUGCCUUCAAUCGGAACUGCUCUAAGCGGUUCGCGAUUAUUUAAUGAUUAAAUAAGCGAGAUCUAUGUAGUCUGAGGCCCACGAUGCCAUAAUGGGCGUGUGAUUAAUCGUUGCGUCGAAUCACUGACAAAUUUACAUUCGAUAAUUAAGCUCUAGAACAAGGAGAUUAACUAGAUCUAACAAACAUUAUUCUAAAAUAUUGUCGUUGAACACCUUGCGCGAACCACGACACUUACAGUAGGUGGCGUAUAUGAGUAAUUCUAGUUGUUGAUAGUAUCUGGUAAAUACACGGCUCCGACAAUAAUAGUCACAGGUGAACGAACGCUGUGUAAUCGAUCAAACGCGUAGCCAUUCGUCGCUGAUCGUUGUUAGAAAUUUAUUAAAUGUACGUCUAGAGUGGUUCACAAGUUUAUCGAAACAACAAAAACCUAUAGCAAGCAAGUUUCAGCUUGAGAAACAAGAUGAAAAAAAUUAGUUAUUAAUUAUCGAGUGAUUUUCAUGAUGUUCGAUGUACCGCCUCCGCUUCUGCGGAACGCGGACUCGAAACUGGAAAAUCUUCUGGUUAUCGGAGAACGAAAUGUAGAAAUAUCUCCCGGUAUGCUCGUAAAGAUUUAUAUAUACAAAAUUUCCUGCUUUCGAGCAGUUGCAUAAUUUCGUCGCGAUAACCUGCACGGCUUCGACUUUGCACAAUUAAUUACAACAUUCAUUACCGAUCGAUUGGUUGCUAUUACGUUCAUUGAAAAUUGCUUCGAGCGACUUUUUCACAGAAAUUAAUAACUCGUAUGCAAUUCAAUUAAUCUUGAUUUUUCCUUGGUUGAAACGUUACGAAAAUAAAUAUUACCUGUGGUGUAUCCCUAUUAUCAGAAAAAUCUACACUUCUUACUGACUUUUAUCUAACGUCACAACGGUGCGAAUGCCUUAAUCGUGACCACAAGUGAUUAAUCAAAUUUUAACGUAGAUUGAGGUAGAGAGACGUUGAAAUUGAAGCGAAGAAGACUUAUCGUUCACCCCACGCACGAAUGUUUGUCACAAAGAGAACCCUAGCCGCGGAUAGGACGUUCCACUGCGGUCUGCGCCGAGCAAAAGCUUCUCCUGUCCCUGGAAGUCUCACGAUCGCGAGUUUUCUCUCUAAAUGCUUCGAGUCUCCUCGUUAGAGUCGCGCAUAUGUAUCUGCAUAAAGUGCGCUCUAUUUACUAUAGCCCCAGUCGGCCAACUCACGUUUAGUAUAUUAUACAACCUCGCGUGCACAUUAUGUAUUGUAAUGUGUAACGAGUAUGUGGCCGUAUGGAUCGUGAGUAAAUAGUGUAUGGUAGGUGUGGCGAUAGAACACCGAACGGCCAUUGGCUUUCGAUUGGCGGGGUGUACGCAACGAAUGAAAGUGAAUUCCCUAUAUAAAGGGUGGUUUUCCUCCGGUGCAACAGAACACAAUUUAAUUUACCAACUCAAGACACGUUAGGCAAAGUAGUAAUCGGCCGGCCAUCAUGAGGGUCUUGAUUUGUGUACUGCUGAUCAGCGCGGUGUUCGCUGAGGAGAACAAAGAAAAAGACAAAGCAGCGGUCCAGAAACGCGGCCUGCUCGGUCUCGGCGCGGGUGGAUGGAGCGGAAUUGGAUAUGGUGGAUAUGGUGGACAUGGUGGACAUGGUGGACAUGGCAUCGCGAUCGCAGUCCAGGAAAAGGCUGUCGCUGUCCCAGUUCCGGUACCACAACCGUACGCAGUCCCUGUCGACCGUCCAGUCCCAGUUAAGGUACCAGUUGCGGUUCCACACCCAGUUCCGGUGGCAGUUCCGGUUCCCCAACCGUACCCAGUGAUUCAGACCAAGACCGUCGCCGUUCCAGUCGACAGACCCUACCCAGUCUCGGUUCCAGUUAAGGUUCCAGUGCCCGUGCCUGCUCCAUACCCCGUCAAGGUCGCGGUGCCUGCUCCAUACCCCGUGAAGGUCGCCGUUCCCCACGCGGUUCCAGUCGCGGUUCCACAACCCGUCAUCGUUAAGGGCUACGGAGGACACGGUCACUACUAG